GCUGGGUGUUGUUGCAGGUUCCGAGCUGCUACAGUCACAGCUCCCAGUCAGCCGGCUGCUGCAAUGAUGGAGGAGGACGAAUUUGAGUUCGUGGAGGAUUUGGAUGCAAUUUUACACCUUUCUCCUGAAGUGCGAGUGGCCAUUGAACAGGUUUUCCCCAGUCAAGAUCCCCUUGAUCGGCCAGACUUCAAUGCUGUUGAAUACAUCAACACUUUGUUUCCUACUGAGCAGUCACUGGCAAACAUAGACGAAGUGGUGAACAAGAUUCGCCUGAAAAUCAGGCGUCUGGAUGAUAACAUCAGGACAGUGGUGAGGGGACAGACUAAUGUGGGACAGGAUGGCAGGCAGGCUCUGGAGGAGGCGCAGAAAGCCAUCCAACAACUGUUUGGCAAAAUCAAAGACAUCAAGGACAAAGCGGAGAAAUCGGAGCAAAUGGUAAAAGAGAUCACCCGGGACAUCAAACAGCUGGACCAUGCCAAGCGUCACCUGACCACCUCCAUCACUACACUAAAUCAUCUGCACAUGUUGGCUGGCGGUGUGGACUCUCUAGAAGCCAUGACACGCAAGAGGCAAUAUGGGGAGGUAGCCAAUCUGCUCCAGGGGGUGGUCAAUGUUCUGGAGCAUUUCCAAAAGUAUAUGGGCAUCCCCCAGAUACGCCAGCUCUCUGAGAGGGUGAAAGCUGCACAGAGCGAAUUAGGCACUCAGAUCCUGGCUGAUUUUGAGGAGGCUUUCCCUUCACAGGGGUCAAAGAGGCCUGGAGGCCCCAGCAUUGUGCUCAGAGAUGCCUGUCUGGUGGCCAAUGUACUGGACCCUCGCAUUAAGCAAGAAAUAAUUAAGAAAUUCAUCAGGCAGCACCUCUCUGAAUACCUUGUGCUCUUUCAGGAGAACCAGGAUGUGGCGUGGUUGGAUAAGAUCGACCGGCGCUAUGCGUGGAUUAAGCGUCAGCUGGUAGACUACGAAGAGAAGUAUGGACGCAUGUUUCCUGAAGAGUGGUGCAUGACUGAGCGCAUCGCAGUGGAGUUCUGCCAUAUCACUAGGACAGAGUUGGCGAAGCUGAUGCGAACCCGAGCCAGGGAGAUUGAGGUCAAGCUCUUGCUCUUUGCUAUUCAAAGGACCACCAAUUUCGAGGGGUUGCUGGCUAAGCGUUUCUCAGGCAGCACCUUGAGCGACGGCACUGGGAAGAGACCUGAGACACCCCUGGAGUCCACUAACCCUUUUCUAGAGGAUGAAUCGGAGGACAAUGUCUCUGAGAAGGAUGAAGAUCUAGACAGGCCAAAGAAGCCCAAGGCCCCGGACAAUCCGUUCCAUGGCAUUAUUUCCAAAUGCUUUGAGCCUCAUCUCUACGUCUACAUCGAAUCACAGGACAAGAAUCUGGGGGAGCUGAUUGACCGCUUUGUGGCCGAUUUCCGAGCGCAGGGUCCCCCCAAGUCAGGCACGGAAGAGGGGGGUGCUGUGCUGCCCAGCUGUGCCGAUCUCUUUGUGUACUAUAAGAAGUGCAUGGUGCAGUGCUCUCAGCUGAGUACUGGUGAACCCAUGAUAGCCCUCACCACCAUCUUCCAGAAGUACCUGCGCGAAUAUGCCUGGAAGAUCCUCUCUGGAAACCUUCCCAAAACAAGCAGUAACAGCGGAGGUCUGACCAUCAGCAGUCUGUUGAAGGAAAAAGAGGGGUCGGAGGUGGCCAAGUUCACCACAGAGGAGCUGUGUCUCAUUUGCAGUAUCCUGAGCACAGCCGAAUACUGCCUUGCUACUACACAGCAGCUUGAGGAGAAACUAAAAGAGAAGGUGGAUAAAUCACUUAUAGAGAGGAUCAACCUAACAGGGGAAAUGGACACAUUUAGCACUGUGAUCUCCAACAGCAUCCAGCUUUUGGUUCAAGAUCUGGACGCUGCAUGUGACCCAGCCCUCACAGCCAUGAGCAAGAUGCCAUGGCAGAGUGUGGAGCAUGUGGGUGACCAGAGCCCCUAUGUCACAUCUGUCAUCAUGCACAUCAAACAGAAUGUACCUAUCAUCAGAGACAACCUUGCUGCCACCCGCAAAUACUUCACCCAGUUCUGCAUCAAGUUCACCAAUUCCUUUAUCCCAAAGUUUAUCAACCACCUGUUCAGAUGUAAACCCAUCAGUAUGGUUGGAGCUGAGCAACUACUACUGGACACGCACUCUCUGAAGACUGUUCUGCUAGACCUCCCUUCUAUUGGCUCUCAGGUGCUUCGCAAAGCUCCAGCGAGUUACACUAAAAUAGUGGUCAAAGGGAUGACUCGAGCAGAAAUGAUUCUGAAGGUGGUUAUGGCCCCUCAUGAGCCACCAGUGGUCUUUGUGGAUAACUACAUUAAGCUCCUUGCUGAUGGCAAUCCAGAGACCUUCCAGAAGAUUCUAGAUAUGAAGGGACUGAAACGCAGCGAACAGAGCAGUAUGCUGGAGCUGUUCAGGCAGAGGUUACCCACUCCUCCUUCUGGGCCAGACGCAGGACCUGCUCUGUCCUUCAGUGCCCCCACCCCUGAGCAGGAGUCCUCACGCAUCCGCAAACUGGAGAAGCUCAUCAAAAAAAGAAUUCAGUGACCUCAUGGACCUUUUUGCAGACAACAUAUUAUGCAGGAGUUGUGCUUUGGCUCUUGUGUAAUGUCUCCACUCGUAACGCAUUGAGAGAUCAAAGUGGGAUUAGAGACAUGUAUGUGCAACUUGGUAAAUGAGACCAUGAUCACACUAAUGGGAGUCAGGCAUCUCAUAUCGAAAAUGUCAACAAGAAAAAAAUGUUUUCCUUCCAUGAAUUAGUGUGAACCUCUGAUUUGAAAAUUGUGAUGAAAUUUCCACAACUGUAACACAUUUCUGGAUGUCUGGCAUGAAUGAUUAAUUUACCCCUGUGUAUUUUUUUUUUAAGGUUUCUGUUUUGUAACACUAAUUCCCCCAGGCUUCCCAUAGUGGCUCAAUGCAUGUCAUUUGCUUUGCACAUUUCUCUGAAAUAUGUUUGCAUUUAACACAAAAUGGAUGGCAGAAUGAUUCAGAGAAGAGGCCUGCUGCUACUUUGGCACAGAUUCUUCUGGCUUGGGAGUCUGAACAUGAAAAUGAUUUAAAGGCAGUGUUUUCUCUGAAUGUCCCCCUCAACUUUACAGUAAAUGGUCGUCUGAGCUCGAGGACGUGUAUUCGCGAGGGGGGCACGUUGAGUAAGUGGGCUGAGGCUGUAAAACUCAGCCUCCACGUUCAGCGGUGUAGCCCAAGGCCCCCUCUGCCAUAGAGGAAUUUAGGAUUUUCUGUCUCCAACACGGACACAAAGUUAAAAGUUGCCUUGUUUUUGUUUCUUUUUUUAUAAUUUAAUAUAGAUAUAGAUAUAAAAAGUCUUAGAAUGGAUAAAAAUUGUCCACUUUCAAAUGUUUUAAGACAGUUUAAUCAGAUCCUGAGUGCACUGUCCACUCUAAUGUUUUAAAAGGCCUUAUUAGGGUCUCUCGGGGUGAGUUAUCGAUACAGCUGAUGUCAGUUUUGAUGUUUGUCUAAAAGAGGCAUAUGUGUAUGGGUGCAGCCUCACGUUUUGUAUGUCUCCUCUAUUGAUACAAAAAAAAGGUUAUAUGUUGCUGUUCAUGGGCUGUGUGAGGUGCUUCAUUUUCGGGGUCGUGUAGUGUGAGGCUCUGGUCAUCUAGAAGUUCUGCUUGUUGAUGAUUAUUUCAGUGUUGAUGUACAUAUUCCUGCUUACUGUUAAUAGAAAUGCAGCUUUUAUACUGUAACUAUUGCUUCUAAUAUAAAUUGUGCAGUUCUGUCAAUAAAAGGCUGAGCAAAAACGUGCAGCACUGGAAAAAAAGA